CUCGCAGCCAGCCACAGGCCGCGCCACGCCACGCGCCCCGGCUCGCCGGCAAAAUCGGGAGUCCGGAUGGAUGGAGGAGGGAUGGAUGUCCGCCGGGUGUGGGGUAGAUUAGAGAGUAGCAAGGCUGACAUCCCCCGAGCCGCACAUCAGUCAGCCUUCUUCCUUUCUUACCAGUCCUUGCCCCUCCUCCUUGGUUCAUACACACAAUGUCGCAGCAAUUGCCAGACUUGACUAUCAACUCGCUCUUUAGCCAGGAAGGCAAGGUGGUGCUGGUCACAGGAGGCGGUACGGGUCUGGGUUUGAUGAUGGCUACUGGAUUCGCUCAGAAUGGGGCAAAGGUGUACAUCGCCAGCCGCAAAAUGUCAAAUUUGGACAAGGCCGCAAGUGCUCUGAAUGCCUAUCACGCCGGAUGCUGCGUGCCCAUCACUGCCGACUUGACCAAUAAGGCUGGCUGUGAUGCUUUGGCUGCCAAGCUGAACGAGCUCGAGCCCAACGGUCUCGAUGUCCUGGUCAAUAACAGCGGUGUCAGCUGGGGCAGUCCGCUCGAAGACGUGGAUGAGGUGCGCGGAUGGGACCGCGUCUUUGCCGUCAAUGUCAAGAGCAUCUUCUACCUCACAGUAGCCCUGCUGCCUUUGCUCAAGAAGAAGGCGAAAGACGAAUUCCACCCUGCAAGCGUGAUCAACGUCACGAGCAUCAUCGCUUCGAUACCCAUGGCCUACAUGCCUACGGCACAAAAGGGACAGGGAGCCUUCAGCUACGCGGCAAGCAAAGCAGCUGCUGCACACCUGACAAGGACAAUGGCUGUGCCACUGAAGAAGAUGCACGUGAAUUGCAAUGCCUUGGCACCAGGAUUCUUUCCCUCUAACAUGACGGCUGGAGCUGGAAUCGACCCUGCUGGCUCAGACCCUUCCAAGAAGCCCACAGACCCGCUCUCCCGCUCCUCACCCAACGGCCGGCUGGGCGGUCCUCGCGAUAUUGCUGGAGCAGCACUGUUGCUGGCCUCGCCCGCUGGUACGAAUCUCUCUGGUGUGACCAUUACGUCGGAUGGUGGAUUCAGCUUGUCGCCAGUACAGAAGCUUCCAAAGGAGCUGAGGGAGUUGUAUGAACCUCCUCCAAGGUCGAAGUUGUAGAGGUGCGAUUGCCUCGAAGGAUCGGGACAGUCGGGGACUUGACUGCACGACAAAGUGGCCGUACCUGUAGUCGGGCUUCCAUUGCAUCAAACGACAUUCAGGGGCCAUACGGAGAUCCGUUGCACAUUGCUGUAAGAUCAACUCAUCAGGGCUUCACCGGCUUCUCAGCCCACUUUACUGCCAUUGCCGCGUGGGCAUCCUUGUUAGCUUCCUCCCCCACUCCAUGUGUGAAGUUCUCCGAUCCCAAUCCUCCGUACUCCGCC